CACUCCGUCUCUUGUUCUCACUUCGAUGUGGCCCCUGCGUUUGCCUGUGCCCCGCGUGCAGCUCGGCGGCGUCCGCUUCCGCUCACAGCUCGCCCCACGCCAGAUCCAAAAUGUCAAGCGACACAAGGGCCGCAUUCCAAUCCCAACAGGUGGCUCGACCAGGGGGACCACACUUGCGUUUGGCGACUGGGGUAUCAGAAUAAAAGGAAUGGGUAUCAGGUUCACCGCAAAACAGCUCAUGACCGCAGAGGAAGUCAUCAAGCGGAACAUAAAAGUCGUCAAGGGGGCAAAAGUCUAUCUCAGAGUCUUUCCUGACAUCCCCGUGUGCAUCAAGGGUAACGAGACGCGUAUGGGCAAGGGCAAGGGAACGUUCGAGUUCUGGGCGACACGCGUUCCUACCGGCAGAGUCAUCUUCGAGAUUGGAGGCACUCCCAUCCGGGAGGAGCUCGCUCGAGAAGCCCUCCGUCAAGCAGCGGACAAGCUGCCGACGACGUUCGAGUUUAUCACCAGACAGUCCUUGCCGCGUUUGGGAAAUAUGGUCGUACAACCUUCAGUUUCGCCGGCUUCAAUCACGUCCAUUGCUACUGCAGUUCACACCUCCUAGACUGUAUCUUAAUAUCCCCCUCUUAACGCAAGCUCUGUUUACCACCUCACUGGGGUACUUCUGUUUCAUGCUUGAGUACGUGUUGUGUUCGGUGAGUU